CUCUCCCGGUGACUUGCUGCAGAUGCGUCUGGACAGGCUCUGGUUUACGGAUAAUAUCAUCAAAAUCACCGAUUCUUGCGUCUUCUCAUUGGAGUCUGUCCUCACCACACAGGCACUUCUCAAAUUCUGCAGAAUGAACAGGGCUUUUAACAGGAGAAAGGAAAAGCCAGUCAUGCACACACCUGAAGCCCUGGUGAGAAGUCAUGUUGUAUAUAAUGCAAAGUUUUUGGGAAUCACAGAAGUGGAGCAGCCCAAAGGGACAGAUGUGGUCCGUGUGGCCGUCAGAAAACUGAAGUUUCAAAGGCACAUCAAGAAGUCAGAGGGGCAGAAAACUCCUAAAGUGGAGCUUCACAUCUCUAUAUAUGGGGUGAAGAUACUGGACCUUAAAACAAAGGAGAUGCAGCACAACUGCCAACUUCACAGAAUGUCCUUCUGCGCAGAUGACAAAACGGAUAAAAGAAUCUUCACUUUUAUCUGUACAGAACCGGAGACAAAGAAACACCUGUGUUACGUGUUCAACAGCGAAAAAUGUGCAGAGGAUAUCACUCUUGCUAUUGGACAGGCCUUUGAUCUCGCAUACAAGAAGUUCCUGGAAUCUGGUGGAAAAGACGUAGAAACGAGAAAACAUAUUGGAAACCUUCAGAAACGAAUUCAGGAUUUAGAGAUGGAGAACUCUAAACUGAAGAAGAAACUGAUAGAGCUGGAGGAUCAGCUGGUGGAUUCUCGCUGCUCGCCAAAACCAUCUGUCCUGUCCUUGUGUGGUGAUGAUAUCACAUCACUGUCCAGCCUAGAGAUCUCCUCUGUCACUUUAACACCUGUCAGCUCACCCGAUUCCAGCCAAUCAGCAAACUUGCUCACUCCACCUCCUGCUAAGCCCACCCUCUCACAGCCCACAAGUGGCUCCAACAUACCACGACCUCGUGCUGGAAGCAUACAAGCUACAGUGCUCUCUACUGACAUAUUUGACAUGGUUCCAUUCACCCCCGUGUCUCCAAUAACAAGAAGAGUGAAUUGUAACGGGAUCUCAUCUCCACACUACCCACUGCCUCCAAAAGACAGAGAUAUAGACCUGUUUGGAGCAGAACCAUUCGAUCCGUUUAUCUGUGGACCUGCUGUCUUCACCCCAGACAUCCAGUCCAAGUUGGAUGAGAUGCAGGAGGGGUUCCAAAUGGGACUAACUCUAAAGGGGACCGUUUUUUCUCUGGAUGAGGUGGACAGCCGAUGCUGAUUUUGGGAAGACAUUUUUGUACAGUAUAUACUGACAUUGUUGAUCUCAACUUUGAAUCGAAUGAUCAAAAUUGCUAAUCACAUUUUGAAUUGAGGAUGAAAGUUAAAUAAGAGGAGCCUCAGAAAGGUCUGUAAAGGUGAUUUUCUAUUUUUAUAUAUUAUAAAGUAAACCGUUAAGAUUGUACAUAUGUUUUAUGAUUCUUGUUUUAAUGUCUUAAAUCUUGUAUCAGAAAUUGUUAAAGGAGACGAGACACAAAAAUCUAUUUUAGCUCUUUCUAGAAGUUCUCAAGUACGUUUUGAUUCAGUCGCCAUUGUGGUCAUGGUCUUUUGGUCCUCAUUUUUAUACCAUGUAAUGAACUAAAAACUAAAUGGGGAAGAUGAGGUCAUUGCUGUUCCAGUGUAGGUUGCUCAUGUUGUAAUGGAGCGAUCUUUAAUUUUGUGUUAAAUUGAAAGGCAACCUUAAAGGCUACUAUCCCAGCUAUUUUACAGGACUAUGGAGGUACCAGCCAAUUAAAAACCGGUGUUGGAUAUCUAUCUAGCUUUGGGUCUUUUAUGUAUUCAGCCCUUGAAGUUAGAGAGUUCUCAAUUUUCCUUUGCAGAUGUUCAGAAAGAUGAUCUUACCCUUCAUUGCUGGCUCUUUUAAUAUUUAUGUUAACUGCUUAUUUGCACUUUGAUUAUGAAUAAAAACUGAC